AUGUCUACAGCAUCCAUUUACUCGGCAUGUGUCUGGACCGACGAAGACACGACAUAUCGUCGUCCGGCGAGCAACACCAAUCGGCACGACAGAAAACAUUCCGGCGAGCGAGGCAAGUUGGGUGAAAGGAUUCGAGUACGACCCGCCCUCUGCAGCCCUGGUCCGACAUGGGCCGUCUACAGGGUCGCGUACCAGGCUGGUGAAGUCGUGCACACGUUUUCUGUCCAUGGUGACGUCCAGACCGCGCCCGUCCAUUGCAUCUGGGGGACCCACUGUACGAGCAGCACGUCAGCAAACAUACCGCCGCGCCGUCGUGCGAUGUGGUACUUCAGCCACGUAUAUGUUUGUGCGCUCCCAUCUCUUGUCCUGUCUCGAAGACACGACAUAAUGCCGUCCGGCGACGCGACUGUCGACGCUGUUCGCCGGGAGAGACCUAGACCGGACGUAUCGUCUCCCGGCGACCGGCGGGUGGCGCUGCGAUGCAAGAGUGACACGGUCGACACAUACACGAUAGAACGCGUUCCGGCGAGUAGGGCGUGGGGUGUCAGGCACAACAAUGGGGUGAGGGUCAAGUGUCGACGACGGCUGGAUUGCCGUACGAUGGAAGGGACAUUGGGGACAACAGGUCCCCGACGCGCCCGUGGCUGUCGACGUUCGCCAGGGCAUGCCUCGACCGGCAAAGACACGACCGAUGUUCUUCCGACGAGCAGCGCUGUUGCGGAGAUGCGACGGGAUGGAUGUCGAGAGGCAAAGAGAGGAAACGUCGAUUGUCACGGCGUAGGAAUGCCGAAUGCAAUGAGGUGAAUGAUCGACUCCGGUCCAGGUGCCCUGCAGUCGAGCCUGCGGCGCUGACGAGGCGGCGGAGAGACGGGAGGUGAGAUGCGCGUGUGUGCUGACAGCAGGUUCCGGUUUGCCACCCGAGUGUCCCUGCGGGGAGGCGGACGUAUGCUCGUACAUAAAGAAAGAGAGAUGGGAGUUCGAAACAAGGCAACUUUUUUCACUUCUCCAGCCAAUCACAGCCCGGAAAUCCACUCACCUUGGGCGCGUC